GGCCCCUAAAGGUAUACCUGCUCCCAUUUGAAGAUUUCUUUUGCUUUAUUUAACUGGCCAAUUAAAUUCAGACUGAUCAACAUAAGAUUCUGGGAACAGCUAGAAAGAUUAAACAACCAAAGUUUUCUAAGUAGUGUAACGUGAAAGGAUCAAAUUACUCAUGGAGAAAGCAGAGUUCACCCUUCUAUUUCUUGUUACUUGUUGCUAUUUCAUAUCAUUGUUUCCCACAGGUUUGGAAGCAGAUGAUGCAAUAACUCCACCACAAACCAUCAGUGGCAACAAGACACUAGUCUCACCUUCCCAAAAUUUUGAACUUGGUUUCUUCAGUCCUGUGAAUUCCACUUACAUCUAUCUUGGAAUAUGGUACAAGCAUAUCCCAAAACAGACAGUUAUUUGGGUUGCAAAUAGAGACAAACCACUUGUUAACUCUGGUGGCUCCUUAACAUUCAGCAAUGAUGGUAAGCUCAUACUUCUCGGCCACACAGGGAGUGUUAUAUGGUCCUCAAACUCAUCUGCUCCUGCAAGAAACCCUGUGGCACAGCUUCUAGACUCUGGAAACUUUGUGUUGAAGGACUAUGGAAAUGAAGGAUCUUUGUGGGAGAGUUUUGAUUAUCCUUCUGACACAUUGAUACCAGGAAUGAAGCUUGGUUGGAACUUCAGAACUGGCUUGAGCAGACAUUUGACUUCGUGGAAAAGCACUUCUGAUCCUUCUUCAGGAGAAUACACCUACAGUGUGGAUCCACGUGGCCUUCCUCAGCUUUUUCUUCACAAGGGAAACAAGAAGGUCUUCAGAAGUGGACCGUGGUAUGGACAACAAUUCAAAGGUGACCCGGUUCUCAGCGCAAACCCGGUUUUCAAACCCAUAUUUGUUUUUGAUUCCGAUGAAGUUUCUUACUCUUAUGAGACCAAAGACACCAUUGUUUCAAGAUUUGUGCUGAGUCAGUCUGGUUUGAUUCAGCAUUUUUCAUGGAAUGAUCAUUAUUCCAGUUGGUUCUCUGAAUUCUCGGUUCAAGGGGACCAUUGUGAUGAUUACGGCCUUUGUGGUGCUUAUGGCUUUUGUAGCAUCAAAAGCUCACCGAUUUGCAAGUGUUUGGAGGGUUUUGAGCCUAAGCUUCCACAAGAAUGGGAAAGUUUUCAGUGGUCAGGUGGAUGUGUUAGGAAGAACGCACAUGUUUGCAGCAAUGGAGAUGCAUUCAAGCAGUUUACAGGUAUGAAACUACCAGAUGCCGAUGAGUUUCAUACAAACUACAGCAUCAGCAUCAAUCACUGUGAGGCAGAAUGUUCCAAGAACUGCUCUUGUGUUGCUUAUGCCAAGCUAGACAUCAAUGCAAGUGGCAAAGGCUGUAUUGCAUGGUUUGGGAAUUUAUUUGAUGUAAGAGAGGUUUCUGUGAAUGGACAAGAUUUCUAUGUGAGAGUUCCAGCUUCUAAAUUAGGUAUGAACAUUGAAGGUUCAAAUGUUGAUGGAAACAAAAGGAAGAAACUCAUACUGUUUCCUGUGGCUGCAUCUGUAACUUCAACAAUCAUUGUAUCAGCAUUGUGGUUGAUAAUUAAGAAAUGCAGAAGGAAAAUAGCCAAAGAGACAGGUGGUGAGUUUGGUGUUGGCAGAGCAAGGAGUGAAAGGAAUGAAUUUAAACUCCCAUUGUUUGACAUUGCCGUAAUUGAAGCCGCCACCGGGAAUUUCUCAAUUUACAAUAAGAUUGGAGAGGGUGGAUUUGGUCCGGUAUACAAAGGUCAACUUCCAUCAGGACAGGAAAUAGCAGUGAAGAGGCUGUCAGAGACUUCUGGACAAGGCCUGCAGGAGUUCAAGAAUGAGGUUAUUUUGAUCUCCCAACUUCAGCAUAGAAAUCUUGUCAAGCUUCUGGGUUGUUGCAUUCAUGGAGAAGAUAAAAUGUUGGUCUAUGAAUACAUGCCAAACAGAAGCUUGGACUCCUUAUUAUUUGAUGAAAACAAGCGUUCUGUGCUGAGUUGGCAAAAGAGGCUAGACAUAAUUAUUGGCAUUGCUCGGGGACUUCUCUACCUUCACAGAGAUUCAAGACUGAGAAUAAUCCAUAGAGACCUAAAAGCAAGCAAUGUUCUUUUAGAUGAUGAAAUGAACCCAAAAAUUUCUGACUUUGGGAUGGCAAGAAUGUUUGGUGGAGAUCAAACUGAAGCAAAGACCAAGAGAGUAGUGGGAACCUAUGGAUAUAUGCCUCCAGAGUAUGCAAUAGAUGGACACUUCUCUUUCAAAUCAGAUGUUUACAGCUUUGGGGUUUUACUCUUGGAGCUGUUGAGCAGCAAGAAAAACAAAGGAUUUCUUCACCCGGAUCACAAACUGAAUCUCCUUGGCCAUGCUUGGAAGCUAUGGAAUGAAGAUAGGGCCUUAGAGCUGAUGGAUCCAUUGCUUGAGAAUGAGUUUCCUACACGUGAAGCUCUAAGAUGCAUUCAAGUGGGUCUGUCAUGCGUGCAACAGCACCCAGAAGAUAGGCCAACAAUGUCGUCGGUGCUUUUGAUGUUGAACAGUGAGAGUGUGUUGGUCCCACAACCUGGAAGGCCAGGAUUAUAUUCCGAGAGAUUUUUUUCUGAUACUAAUUCAUCAUCUCGUGGUGCUGGACUCAAUUCUGGUUCCAAUCACAUAACUGUUACUUUACAAGAGGGUCGUUGACUCCUUGGAAACAUAACUGGUGCAUGUUUCUGAUUCAAAAUUAAAUCAUCACGCUUAGACUUGUUUUAGUCGUAGGAUCAAUUAUGAGAAUGUUAUUUUUUUUUGGAUAAGUGUACGAUCAGUCACAUCACAUGUAUCAGUUACGCUACCUAAUUCUGGAAAGAAAGUACUUGAUUGGUUCA